GUGCUGCAGCCUGCACUGCCCUUCUGCUUCCGUGGCAUGUCUUCGCAACUCUUUUCAUAAUAGAAAAACGCUUCUGAUACAGAAGAUAGCGAUGUUGUUGGCAGCGAUUCGGUGUAUGAAAAUAAAGAGUAGUAUUUGUUUGAAGAGCCCAUCGAGGAAAUAUUUAUGGGUUUCAAGCAGAUCCGUAAUUGGCAGAGCGGCCAAAGAAGAGGAGCUAAGAAUAUUCAUUGUUGCAGGAGAGGUUAGUGGAGAUACCAUUGGUUCGCGUCUUAUGGCUUCCUUAAAGAAGCUCUCUCCUGUUCCUAUCCGUUUCUCUGGUGUAGGCGGGUCCAUGAUGUCCAAGCAAGGUUUGAAAACUUUGUUUCCCAUGGACAAUAUUGCGGUAAUGGGGAUCUGGGAGUUAUUGCCACACCUCUAUAAUUUCAGAGUAAAGUUGAAGGAAACUGUGGAGGCUGCAUUCAUGUUCCAGCCUCAUGUGGUUGUGACAGUGGACUCCAAGGGAUUCUCUUUCCGUCUCCUUAAGCAGUUACGGGCUAGAUACAAUCAGCAAGGGCUAGAUGGUCCAGUACACUUUCAUUAUGUAUCACCAUCAUUCUGGGCAUGGAAAGGGGGUGCAGAAAGACUCAAAGGCCUAACUGAAUUUGUGGAUCAUGUGUUGUGUAUACUUCCGAAUGAGGAAGCAGGUUGUCAAUCAAAAGGACUGGCUGCAACCUUUGUUGGUCACCCCAUUCUGGAAGAUGUUUUAGAACUAAACAUGGGAAAGGAAACCGCAUUGCAUGAGUGGAAGAUUACAGGAAAUGGUGAAGAUUUUCGAAAAAGAUAUGCCAUACCUUCAGGAGCGACAGUCAUUACCUUGCUACCUGGAAGCAGAUUACAAGAGGUCACUAGAAUGCUUCCCAUCUUUUCAAACACAAUGAAACUUUUAAAAGACUCUUUUCCUGAGUUGGUGACAGUCAUCCAUGUGGCACCGAAUCAGCUAGUGGACAACUUCAUUACUAGAGCCAUUCAUAAGUGGCCUGUGCCUGCUAUAUUGAUUCCAGGAGGAAUCCCGCACCUGAAAUAUGAUGCAUUCAAUGCAAGCCGAGUUGCCUUAUGUACUUCAGGAACUGUUGCUAUGGAGUUGCAGCUUGCAAGGUUACCUUGUUUAGUUACGUAUCGAGCCCAUUUCCUUACUGAAUGGGUGAUUCGGUACAAAGCAAAGAAACCAUACGUCUCACUUCCCAAUAUCCUUCUGGAUUCACCUGUUAUUCCUGAAGCUCUAUUUCAAGCAUGUACGCCCACAAAACUAGCAUCCUUGCUCAAGGAAUUAAUGAACAAUAUAGUACUCCAACAGCAACAAGUUGUGGCUGCUGAGAAGGUCAUGGAACUUAUAUGCCCUUCAAACAGAACCGUAAAUAACUUGCAACAGCAGGGAAUGAGGUGGAGACCUCCCAUUUAUACUCCAAGUAUGAUUGCAGCAUCCACCAUUCUUAGCUAUGCGCAGAGAUGACAGCUAGCACAACAAACGUCAUACGUUCAAAUAUUGCUAAUUGUUUGAAAUUGUAAUGAGAAUCAAUGAACUUGCAUCAUCCAACUGCACAAUUUGUUUGUCUUGGUAUUUUGCUGUGGCUGAAACUUUACCAUACAGUGGAUUAGUGAAGUAAAUACAAUUAUGGCAAAUUUAGGCCAUACGCAA